CAUCUACAGUAAUGUAACGAAACUGUGUUGACUGACAGAAGUUGUAGAUCCGUCGUGCUCAAACUUGUGAAAACUGGAGUUUACCUGAGGACCUGAGCUACCUGAGGACCAUCAUCUAUCUAGUGGCCACGACGGGAACAAGAAGCUGGCAAACUGCAUGUUGCAUAAAGAAGAAGACAGAAAAGAGGAGUUAAAAUACAGGCGUUACAUUGACGCAUCUGCGUUGUGCUUAACUCUUGCUGAGUAGUUAUAUCAAGGAUAUAUAUUCCCAUUCGCCCUUAAAUCGACAACAACAAUAUAGUAGUUGAUAUAGAUAUAAUAGAUGUGUCUUGUGCUAAUAACCAUAGCUAAGACUGAAGAAAGUUAUCUUGUAUGGAGACGGCAAAGAUAAUCUCUUCCUGUAGAGAAGACUGAUUAAGUGAUCUCGUGUUGUGUGGAGAUUGAGAGCUUGCGUUUAGUGUGGAGGAGACAGACGAGGUCAGCUGGUUUCCUCAACUAGUGGUCAGUAGUAGCAGGAGAUAUGAGUGGUCUGCACUGGAAUCCGCCGAUAUGGACUAAUCGGAGAUGCCAUAACGAUGCAAUAUCAGAGGCAUUCCCAGGCCCAGACUGGGGUAAUGUUGGGGCAGAUAUGGAGCUUGCCAACACCAGGGUCGAUAAUGAUCAUCUUAGCAGUUCUAAAGACCAAUGUGCUCCUCAAUCGACUUCUCAGUCCACUAAGCAUCGAUACAGGAAACAUAAGGACAUUGAGAAAAAAUUCCCCUUAGACAAGACCUUGGAAUUUGCAUACCCACUUCUUAAACCGAACAAAAUUCAUUCAACUGUGAAAAUAAAAAAUGAAAAAUGCUGCAUUACGAGCAACUGCCUGGAUGUGCUGGAGGUAAAUGGUGAGAAUUAUGUGAUACAUCCAGACUGGGAAGAUAGACAGCAGCAAAUUGUAAUUUCUAAGCUGAAGCAAGGUGUAUAUUAUAAAAAAAAACAAAAUUCAAGGAACAGUCCAUUUUUUAAACUAAAGAAAAUUGGUUACAUUCCACAGGAGAAGACUAUCCACCAAAUUGUGUCUAUGGAAGUAAACCAUGAUAGAUAUAUAUUGCUUCGAUCAAAAAGAAAAGCCGAAUUGGUCUGUUGGAAAGAAAAAGAACUUAAAAGUGCUGACUGUGAUAUAGUUACCAAGAACUUGACAACAGAUAUAGCUCUCAAUGAUACCCUUCCUGGUGUAUGGGCUGUAGCUUGUGCAGGUGGAGAGGUGUUAAUAAAAAAUGCUGGAACUCAACAUGCUGUUUGGCAUGCCAACUUUCAAAAUGAAAAAACAUCAGAAAUUGAUAAUUAUUACUGUAAAUUUGGUAGGCAUCCCCAGUCUCUAAUUGUGGGUAAUGCAUCCACAAUUUGGUUGUGUGACACAAGACAACCAAGUGAUCUACAAAAUUCAAAGAAAAGGAAUAAAUGUAGUGCUUUUCAUACAGUUUUGGAAGUUAAUGAUAUGCAAAAGUAUUUUUCAAAUUUUAAGGAAAUUUGUUUGUUCUCAAAGGUAAAUAAUUAUCCAUAUUUGUAUGUAGUGACAAGGGAUAGUGCCUUUGUGGUGGAUGAAAGACAUUGUAAAAUGCCCAUAAUUAGUUGGAAGCACUUGUUACAGAAUAGUCCAACCUAUAUAAAUACACAGAAAUAUGGUGAAAUGGAGUUUCUUUUAUUGGCUAACAGUCAUGAGAAGAAAGUGAGUAUAAUAGCCAAUGACUGGGUUUCAGAUAAAUAUGACAGUUGGUGUAGAGGUAUAAGUUUACCAAAACAUUUUUGCAUUGCUCAAGACACAGAAAACUUUGCUCACAGACAUGAUCUUUGGUUUAGACACAAAGUGCAGGAACGAUUAAAUAAUUCAUGGACAGGUGUAGGGUCAGUUGUCCAUCCAAAGGACAGUAAUAGUAUGCUAUUUUUGUUUUUGUACAGUAAUGGAGAUAUUUUUUCUCAGGAACUAAAAGUUUCUCACGAUGAGUUUUACCUCCCACAAUCUAUACAUACAGAGUAUGAUGAUCAUGGUAAGAAUAUAUUACGUAAGUGGGAGGAGGAUGUUGUUGAAGUUAGUCUAACUGAAUCAUUGGAAUAUAAUAAUAAUAAUAUUCAAUACUACAAAUAUGAUGCAACAUCAUCAUAUCAGAGAGUAGUUGAUAAAAAUGUUUCCAGUGAAAUAGAAGAAAUGCUAGCAGGUCUUCCGGAUGCCUUUAAUGAUGUUGAUAACAAUGGGGGUGAUAAUACAAAAUCUGCAAUAAUGGAGGCAAAUAACAAUAAAGUGAAUGGAACAAAUAAAAUUUGGGAUGUUAAGGAACAUGUAUGGAAGUUGAAAGAGCAAAACUUUAUAAAAGAGUAUAAUGAGAUUAGUAAGAAAAGGAAGCAACCAUUGCGAUGGUUAGAUCUCCUUAUUCCUAAUUAUAUUUCAGACUACAGUGUUUAUGAGUUGGCAGAUUUGUGUGUGUCAGGAGAUUUGGCAGAAAAUGAUAUUCUUAGUAAACACAUUACAAGAAAAAUGUCAUCUUUUUUAAAUGUAGAAAACUUGAAGAGUUAUGAUGAUUAUUUAGCUCCAAAAAUUCUCUCUCAAUGGCUAGGUGGUGAGGCAGUGAAUAGUAGGAAAGGCACCUUUUACUACCACACAACACCUUUUGACUGUACUGAUUUAAUAAGUCUGCCAUCUAAACUGCAGCUAGAUCAUGCAAGUGCCUCAAAGGUUCCUGACCUUGAUUUUGAGGAACUUUAUGAAAGCUCACAGGUUUCAAGAGGUGUAUCAAGUUUGUCUCAAUCUACUUGGCAAGCUAAUAAAAAAGUUAAGAAACCCCUCAAAAAUAAAUCAAAGAAACAACGAGUAGAUGGAUUUUAAUUAAAACAUUUACUGAUUAUUUACCUGAGGGCCACUAAUACUAGUGGCCUCGAUGAGGACAGGAAGGUCAAUGGUCCUCCCAUUUGCCCUGAUGAUCUUUUCUAGCUGUACCUACUUUAAAACCCAGCAGAGUUUUGGCAUUUACGUCUUAGGUGGGUAGAUGGUUCCACGGGUUUACAAACCUAUAAACAACAAUUUACAAUCCUAAAAAAAAGCAUCUCCUGUUUUUGUCCUACAUUGUGGCUUGUGGCAUUAUGUUAGGGAUACAUUUGUUUCUUUAUGACAGUUGAUUUUAAUACUGUGUUUGUUUACACUAAAUGAUGCUUUUAUAUUUUAAGGUAUAUUUUAGCAUUGUUUACAACACAAUGUAUUAUGGGGCAUUGUAUUAUAAUAUGUUUAGUAAACUGCUUUAAUGCCUGGGUGGCACAGCCAUUAAUCUGCUCUUAAAAUAUAUUAUAAUAUAUUUUUAAAAAACUUCUGAAUUUAUAUUUAAAUCCUUGUUUAUUACAAAAAACUUUGAGUAUUUCAUGUGUUCAAACCAAGGAAAUGCUAGAUAAUUUUUUGUUUAUUGUGCUAUUGCCAUUUUGCAGAAAAGAAAAAUUUGCAAACUUGUCAACAUAGUUAAUGAGCACUGGCAGCAAACAAGAGCAAGGUUGAAAGACAAUGUACUGCUAAUGAAAGGCUUACUGGUGUGAUAGGUGUACAUUAGCGUCAGCAUUCACAGUUUCUGCUAGAUUUUAUUACUCCAAUGUAUGACCUGCAUUGAAUUUUAAAGUUCCAAUUCACGGUGAUAUUCAUAUCUUGCCUAGAUGUCUAAAAAACUUUACAAAUGUUGCAAUGAUCAAUCAAAUUAUGUUUUGCCUACAAAACUGAUGCUCAGAUCUGAUAUGUGCUGCUGUCUGUCAUAGACAAAUUUAAAUAUGAACCUAAACAAUACCACUUGUUUUGCCAAGAAUGCCUUCAACAUUCAUCAUUUUAAGAUAACCCUACUUAUAAAAAAAAAAUUAUGUAAUCAUUGCAUGUUCUGACUCAAGCUCGAUACUGUCUACCUACUAUUUGCCUGUGGUGAAGCCAUUCUUGUUUGUUUUUAAAAAUAGUCUUCCUGGCUUGGUAACAAGAUGAAUAUGAUUUGCACAAUAAACUACAAAUCACAGAAUGAGUACCGGAUGCAUAUUAAACUUUUGAUAAUUGCUUUCUUGUUUCUGGAGGAGCCUCUUGGUGGUUCCCUGAAGCUAUCUUGCUGAGAUGGCUUCCCAGUACUUAGUCUCAUCAGCCAUAGGAGUCCUGUUCAGCCAAUGAAGGACCACAGGCAGAACCUAGUUCCCUUGCAGAGGCACAGAAAGCUGGAAAAUGUUACGAUUACCCACACCAAGAAAGCAUCCAGAAAUUAGGCAAAGCAAUACAGACGACUGCAAAGUUCACCGAAAACAAAGCAGACAAAUAAUUCCGCAAAUGAUUGAUUCAAUUAGUUCCAAUUGGUUCCCUCGAAAGUAGCUUGAACCCAUCUAGUGCAAAAUGGCCAGCAACAGGUGGUACUGCAGGAGCUCCAAUCUUCUGGCCUGGAGCCCUGUAGUUGAUGUUUAAGAGUUUAGACCUUUCGUAGUCCCAACCAGAUCUCCUGUAGGAGGCCUGGUCAGGGACAUUGACCCCUGAAAUCAUCGCAAGGUAGCCAUGAGCAAGUCCCUUGUCUUUCCAAAGAUAAGUGAUGGCCAUUCUUUGGAAUUUGUCCUGUGGUGGUCCUUUGCCUGUGUGCCAUUCCAAAAUUUUAUUAUUAGCCUGACGUGAAUGUGUUACAAGCCCCACUUGUUGCAUAGACUUGGUCUACAUAUUUGCUACAACCUGAAUUUACCCGAGAGCCAUUAACACUAGUGGCUUCGACAAGGACAGGAAGUCGGCGGCUUAUCGAAGGUCCCCCAAUUUGUCUAGAGGAUCUUUUCCAGCUGUUCUUUAGAGUUAACAGUUUUGCCAUUUACGGCUAUGGCGGGUAGGCGGUUCCAUGAAUUUAUAACCCUGUGGGUGAAAAAGCAUCUGUUCUCAGUCCUACAUUGUGGUUUGUUGAAUUUGAAACUGUUACUCCUUGUUUGUGUUACAUCAUGUAUUUAGGGCAGUCUUUCUUUAAUUGCACGUUCAGCGUGCCCCUGCACUGACAGUGACUUCUCUUGUGUGUUCGUGUGCUAGUGGCUUUGCAGGAAUGUAAAAUCUCUUGUAAUGUAAAAACUCUUGCUUAGGAGUUCGCCUCUGAGAGGCCAGGCCAUCAUGCCCUGGGUAGUGGGCGAGUCAUUGACUCUAAUAGAAUGUGAAAAAAUUGCGGAAUUUAAAGAUAACACCAUCAAUGGUGUCCAAGAAAUAUGUAAGUACUGUACUUCAUUCAUAACGAUGUGCUGCCCAAAAUCUUAG